AUGUCUUCUGUAUCACUUGAAUUUCUUUCUUUCUUUCUUUCUUUCUUUCUUUCUUUCUUUUUCUUUUCAUUAUCAUUCAUUCUAAUUUCUUUCUUUAUUUCUUUCUUUCUUUCUUUCUUUCUUUCUUUCUUUCUUUCUUUUUCUUUCUUUCUUUUUUCUUUCUUUCUUUCUUUUUCUUUUUCUUUCUUUCUUUCUUUUUCAUUUCUUUCUUUCUUUCUUUCUUUCUUUCUUUCUUUUCAUUAUAAUAAUCCUUCUGACCAAAAGUCUUUGUCUUUGGUAAUUCAUGCUAAUGUUCAUAUGUUAAUGUCUUCUGUAUCACUUGAAUUUCUUUCUUUCUUUCUUUCUUUCUUUCUUUCUUUCUUUCUUUCUUUUCAUUAUAACAAUCAUUCUGUCCAAAAGUCUUUGGUAAUUCAUGCUAAUGUUCAUAUCAUUAUUGUCUUCUGUGUCACUUUAAUUUCUUUCUUUCUUUCUUUCUUUCUUUCUUUCUUUCUUUCUUUCUUUUCAUUAUAA